CAUUCCUCCACGACGGUCCAGAAUUCCGAAGAUGCUGCAGAUGAUUUCUAUUUUUGAGCCAGGGUCCCAUUUCGUCAAAUUUAGCUGUUUGGUGUAGGAUACCUGCGCCGUUUUCGAAUUUCCUAUUCUUCGAGUCGCUUGGUCCGCGUCGACCGCUUUUCGAGUCAUGUCGACUGGACGCAAGGUCUUCCACUGUGCAGUGGAUGAGACGGCGUUGACCACGAAUAUCAGCGAGAUAAAAAAAUGGACGACCAAUGGCGCCAUCACCUUGGUCGUUCCUCUCUACACCCUUGAACGCCUGCACGCCCUGAAGCGAGCGGGAUCCCAAGUCGCCAUCAAUGCCCGCGAGGCCGUCCGCUUUCUCGAUCGAGUGACUUCCGGAAAAGAUAAUGUGAUGGCCGAGCGAGUCGCCCUGCAGGGUCCGAUGGAACAAUACGAAAGUUGGGAGGAGGCCGAGAAGUACUUUCUGCCGGAGUUCGAGGAGGAGCCGGAGGCGCUGGACGGAGUGGCGCCAGCGGGCCAGGCGCUGCCCGCGAAGCGCCCGGAGAAAAGCAAAGACCAGAAGAAGAACGGGGUCAAAAACCAAGACGAUCUGUCGCAAAUGCUUCUCAGCAAGCUGAAUUUCAAAAAGGAGUCCGAUGCCGUCUCCAUCACGUCCAACGGUACCCACAGUGCCCCUGCAUCGCGCCCGUCUUCCAGGAGCUCCCGGACGAGCCCCGAGUGCGCCAAUUCCCACAUGGUCGAAAACGGAGCCGGAUCGAAGGGAUCGAAGGAUUCCAAGGCCAAGCGUGUCAAUGGACAUCGCCGGUCUGCGUCCGGAUCGACCAUCCCGACGGUUCCCCCGGUGCUGCGACCGCUGCUCAGCGCUCUUCUGUGGCGACUUCACAGCGGUCCCGAUGCGUCCAAUGCGGCCAAGAGCUGCAUCCUGGUCACCAACGACCGCCCUACGCAGAUCUGGGCGCAGAAGUUUGGCAUCGGGGUCAAGAACAUCCACCAAUUGCGCACGUCCAUCCAGUAUGAGGAGCGCGAGUACAAGAACCGCUGCAAAUACGUCGAGAAAACCCAGUCCACUCAACCUGCCGAACCGAAGUCCUUGUUGUCAUACGAGGACGAGAGCGACGAAGACGAACUGGUUUUUGUGCCGCGCGGUGGACGUGGCAAAGGGGCAUCGAGAGGUGGACCGUCGCGGUCCGGGAAUACUCGCAAAGCCGCAGCGGCGGCAGCAGCUGCAUCGACGGCAUCUAAGCCGGCCGCGGCACCAGUAGAAGCCACCAUGGAGAUUCCCACGCAACCCAUCGAUCCGAAUUCCUUCACACGCAGUCUGGAGCAGCCCGCGGCAUCGCAGGAGCGUCUCGACACCAGAACGGUCGCCGCGGCGGAGGAGGCGGCGGCGGUCGUGGCUCUCGUGGAGGCCGAGGCCGUGGAAAACUCUGGGUUCCUUGAUCGG